GCUUCGAAGGUUUUGAAGGCUUGCUUACAGUAUCUUACGCCGAUACUGGUGGUAACAGGUCACGAAGUGAGACUGAAGAAUACUCAACAUGUCUGUUGUGCGCGUCAGUGGCUGAAGAUGUGAAUCCUGUAAUAGGACAACUAAACUGAAAUAAACACCGUCAUUCAUCUGCCUCAGGUGUUGGAAGAAGCAGUGUAUAAUGUCUAGACGAGGACGUCCAAGAAGAUCCAGAGCCGGGACGUCCACGGGACAGUGUGAGGGUCCUGGGGUCCAUGUGUUUCUCUUCUGGACCAAAGAGAAAGAGCGCUUUCUGUCUUACAAGGAGGGUGAGGUCACGGCUGAAGAUCUCACCAUCGAUGCUGCAAAGGCUGUGGGGAUCACUCCUGUCUGUCAUGCCUUGUUUGCUCUAUAUGACCCUGCAUCCUCGUGUUGGUACAGUCCAAAUCACAAAUUUAAUGCGGAAAACCAGUCUGGCCUGUUGGUGCAUUUCCGAAUGAGAUUUUACUUCCGUAACUGGCAUGGAUUAGCUGAAAAGGAACCGGUAGUGACUCGUCAUGCGUUUCGAGUUGGAUCUGGAGCAGAGCAGGUGAUGUCUCCUUUGCUGGAGAUGGCGUCCUUGGAAUACCUCUUUGCUCAGGCAAAAUAUGAUUUUGUGAAUGACUUGACAUGUUUGGAUGCACUGAAGGGAGAGGAAGAGCUCAGUCACUUUAAGAAUGAGUGUCUGGGUAUGGCUGUGCUCCACCUAACUUACACGGCCCUGCAGACUGGCUCUUCUCUACAGGAUGUGGCCAAGCAGACCAGCUUUCUCCGAUGCAUCCCUCAGUCUUUUUCCCGACACAUUGCCCGGAACAACUUCCUGACAAGGUUCCGUAUUCGGCGUGUGUUUGAGAGGUUUGUGAGCGGUUUCCAGAAGAACACAGUAAGCAUGGGGAAGCUUGGAUUGCAAGAGGUCAUGUACAAGUAUCUGUUUACGCUGGAGCGUCUGGCUCCUCAUUUUGGCGUCGAGACCUUCCCUGUGUUUCAUCUUGACCUGAGACCUGAUGGAGAUGGCAGCGGCUCGUGCCUCAUUGCCUCCGAAACACCAACACCCUCUUGGGAAACCGAAAAACCUGAACCUACUUUUGAGAUCAAGGUUUCUGGAUCAACUGGCAUAUGGUGGAGGAAGUUAUCAGCACAAAGGGUUAAUGACUACAUUCAUAAUCAGAGCGAAGAGACACAGUCAUGUGAUGAACAGGAAAUGGACAACUGGAACACCUUCUGUGACUUCCCUGAGAUCUCUCUGAUAGCCAUUCGGGGCGUAAAUGUCAGCAUCAGUCGACAAGACAACAUGUCAAUGGAAAUGCAUUUGGGCUCCAGUCUUCAGGCUCGCUCUCUGGUUUCACUGCUCGAUGGGUAUUUCCGCCUCACAACCGAUGCACAUCAUUACCUUUGUCACGAAGUGGCUCCGCCCAGAGUGGUUCUCAGUGAGACCAAUGACCUGCACGGCCCCAUACUGGAUGAGUUUGUGCUCCAAAAACUAAAGAAAGAACCAGAGGAGGGAGCGUUUAUCGUGCGCUGGAGUGUUUUGGAUUACCAUCGAAUAAUCCUGGCAUCUCUGAGUCGGACAAAGGAAGGAGAAAGUCCAAUAUACAAACAGUUCCGAAUUACACACAAAGGCUCCUUGUUCAAACUGGAAGGAUGGGAUAAAGAGUUCCUCAGCAUAAAGGAGCUCACCAUGAGUUUAAAGACCUCCGUGCUAAAGUCUGAAGAAGACAGUUUCACUUUGAAGAAGUGCUGCCUGCCAAGACCAGGAGAGUUAUCAAACCUUCUCGUAAUGAGAAAGGGUGCAAACAGUUGCAUUAAAACUGUCUCUGAUUCCCUCAACCUGAGCCAACUGAGGUUUCAUCAAAUUAAGGACAAGGAGAUUACAAAGGAGCAGCAUCUGGGACGAGGCACCAGGACCAACAUUUACUCAGGCUGGCUGAAGAUACACGGCUCACUGGAGGAUGACCCCAACGAAUACAAUAACAAUCACCGCAACGUAAAAGGCAUCCGGGUCGUCCUAAAAUUUCUGGACCAGAGCCACAAGGACAUAGCGCUAGCAUUCUUUGAGACAGCUAGUCUCAUGAGUCAGGUGUCACACUGUCAUCUGGUCUUUGUGCAUGGCGUUUCAGUCAAGGGAUCUGAGAACAUCAUGGUGGAGGAGUUUGUGGAGUUCGGCCCAUUAGAUGUGUUCCUGCACAGAGAGAAGGGUCGUGUCACUCCUCAGUGGAAGUUUACUGUUGCUAAACAGCUUGCCAGUGCUCUUUGCUAUCUUGAGACAAAGAGUUUGGUCCAUGGUAAUGUGUGUGGCAAGAAUAUUCUGGUGGUCAGGAAGGGUUUGGAGGAGGGCUCGUCCCCGUUUGUGAAGCUCAGUGACCCAGGCAUUUCUCUCUCGGCUCUGUCUCGUGGAGAGCGUGUGGAGAGAAUCCCGUGGAUCGCCCCGGAGUGUAUCCCCGACGGGGCUCGUAUAGGAAGCGCUGCCGACCAGUGGAGCUUUGGAGCAACUCUGUUGGAAAUCUGCAACAACGGAGAUCUUCCUAUCAGUGGCAGCACACUGCCUGAGAAAGAGCGAUUCUAUGAGACGCAGAGUCGCCUGGCGGUGCCGUCAUCUCAAGAGCUGGCCACCUUCAUCAGCAUGUGUCUGACCUACGACUCUGCCGCACGGCCGUCAUUCCGGACCAUUCUGAGAGAGCUAACUGAGAUUCAGAUUAAAAAUCCAGACAUUUCAUCCGAAUGCGAGUCACUUCCAGACAGAGACCCCAGCGUCUUUUACAAACGUCACCUAAAGAAGAUCAGGGAUCUGGGAGAGGGACAUUUUGGAAAGGUGAUGCUGUACGUCUAUGACCCUGCCAAUGAUGGAACAGGAGAAUAUGUGGCAGUGAAGGCCUUGAAACAAGAGACUGGAAGUAACCUUCACGAUUCCUGGAUGAAGGAGAUCGAAAUACUCAAGUCACUUUACCACGAGAAUAUUGUCAGAUACAAGGGGUGUUGUACUGAACUGGGUGGACAGGUGGUACAAUUAAUCAUGGAGUAUCUUCCACUGGGAAGCCUCAGAGAGUACCUGCCUAAACAUCGGUUGGGAAUCGCACAAAGUCUCCUGUUUGCACGACAGAUCUGUUUGGGGAUGAACUAUCUCCACACCCAGCGGUACGUCCACCGGGAUUUGGCAGCACGGAAUGUUUUGGUGGAGAAUGAAGGUGUGGUUAAGAUCGGGGACUUUGGCUUGACAAAGUACAUUCCCGAAGGAGAGAUCUACUAUCGCGUUCGUGAGGACGGAGACAGUCCUGUGUUCUGGUAUGCCAUCGAGUGCCUGAAGGAUAGCAAGUUUUCCUUUGCCUCUGAUGUUUGGUCUUUUGCUGUGACCCUCUAUGAGAUUUUGACCAACUGUAAUCAUCGCCAAAGCCCUCCUUCGAAAUUCUUUGAGAUGAUGGGAUUGGUCCAUGGUCAGAUGACUGUGGUUAAACUUAUUAGCCUCCUGGAGAAAAACGAGAGAUUGCCGUGCCCUCGAGACUGUCCCCGUGAGGUUUACUUACUGAUGGAGCAAUGCUGGGACUUCAACCCUGGGCAGCGUCCAUCAUUCAAAUUCCUGGCCGAUUCUUUUGACGAAAUCCUGGGAACAUACAAACUGCAACCGUCUGUGCAGCUCGCUCAGCUUAACCAAAGCUGACCUCUCUCUCUCUCUCUCUCUCUCUCUGCUGCUGCUCUCACAGCCUGCAACCACAGCACUUCACUGUGAGCCUGACCACACUUGGCUGUUUAUGUCAUUAUUUUAAGAAAAGAGGAUGUUUAAGGAAACCCACAUACUAUACCUCUUUUUCCACCAAAACUUCAUGCUGGAGUCAGCGCUCGGAUCUGCAAACCUCCCCGGUGAGGUGAAAAGUGAUAUAAAACUGUACACAGAUAUUUAUUUCAGAUUGAAUGGGGAAAACAAAGUGCUUAGCACAACUGCAUGAGAAAAAAUAGCAACAGUGUUUGUCAACUAUUUUAUAUAUAUAUACGGAGGGUCUUGUUUAUUUUGUGUAGGGAUGUGCUUGUUUGGGUGUCAGUUUUAAAUAUCAAGUGUUUCUCUGAAAUCGCUUACUGCACCUUUGUCUUGCUGUUAAACCGUAACCAAAGAAUGCAUAGAUGUGAACAUUAUUCAUUCCUUAAUCAAGGUAACUUUAUCGUGUAAAUACUCCUUUAUCGAGGAAUGUUUGAAUGUUUUAUUGGGGGUAAGCAAAGACUAUGACUUUUGGAAGACCUUAAGAAAAUGAAUUUAGAUGUUUACAGUACGAUAUAAAUGCCGCUUUGAAUGUUUUUCUUUUUUAUUUAUAUAUUUUCUUAUAUUUUUAAUGUGCAAUUCUACUCAUGUUUUAUGGUCUUUUGUACACCAUCUUGUGUGAAAUGCUAUUGUCUUAAUUGUUCCACUGAAUGCAUCUCUAAAAACUAUUUUAAUAAAUGUAAUUAUUGUUGACAAUUUUUGAAAGUUUAUACCAAAUUAAAAAUUUGGAGAUGCA